AUGUCGGAAGCAUUGCUAAGGACUGUUGCUUCGCAAGACGAAAAGUCGCAACAACUACGAGGGCCACACCCGUACCUCUCAGGGAACUUUGCUCCCAUACAACGUACAAGGCCACUUACAGCAUGUACCUUUGAAGGUGUUAUUCCAGUGGAACUUGCUGGCGGGCAAUAUGUUCGCAACGGCGGAAACCCCACGACGAACGAGGAUCUGGGAAGAGAUGCGCAUUGGUUUGACGGCGAUGGAAUGCUGAGUGGCGUUUUAUUCCGCAGGGGCGGCGCAAAAUCCACGGAAAUCGUGCCUCACUUUGUGAACCAAUACAUUCUCACAGAUGUGUUUCUCAACGCCAAAGACAACCCGAAUCUCAAAAGACCCCUGCUACCAAGUAUUGCGACGCUUGUGAGCGCUUCUCUGUUGACUGUAAUCCUGGCAGUCUUCCGAACUAUGUUUCUGGUUCUGCUAUCAUGUCUGCCUGGCUCAAGACACCGAGUGAAGAAGAUCAGCGUCGCAAAUACAAGCGUGGUAUACCAUGACGGCAGAGCUUUAGCAACUUGCGAAAGUGGCCCGCCCAUGAGGUUCCAGUUACCUAGUCUGGAGACCGUAGGUUGGUUCAGUGGACGAGAUGCCGAAAACGAACCACACCAGGAUCCACGGUCAGGCUUCGGGGGAGAUUCGUCCAUCGCCUUUUGGAAGGAAUGGACCACAGGACACCCCAAGGUGGACCCCGUGACAGGAGAAAUGAUUGCUUUCCAUGCGGUUUUCGUCAAGCCGUUCGUUUACUACUCCAUCGUCCCACCAACCAAGCCAGUUGGGAAGUCUUGGCCCAUGUUGGGGCCAAGGUUUGAUGUGCCUGUUCCAGGGGUAAGCUCGCCCAAAAUGAUGCACGACUUCGGUGUAUCUGCUCGUUACACGGUCAUCAUGGAUCUGCCUCUCUCUUUGAACCCGAUGAACAGCGUGACCGGGAAGCCGGUGGUCUCGUAUGACCCAACUGAUCGUUCGCGCUUCGGCGUCUUCCCACGAUAUGAACCUGGAAAGGUGCAAUGGUUUGAGACCAAUGCCUGUGUAAUAUUUCAUGUUGCGAAUUGCUGGGAGACGACGGCACUCAAACCAGAGCCCGAAACCUGCGUUCAUCUACUCGCUUGUCGGUUGACGUCUGCUUCCGUGGUUUAUAGUGCUGGAGCACUAGCGCCACCAACACCCAAGCCAGUACCUCCAGAGUAUGUAGAAGAGGAACAGUGCAGGCUUUACUACUUCAACUUCCCACUCGCCGACAGUGGCACAGGACGGCCAAUGAUCCGCAACCAAUGGGCACUAUCAGCAAUUCCGUUGGAGUUCCCCGUGCUAUCACCAGCCCACAACAUGAGUUCGGCGCAAUACGUCUACGGCUGCAGCACCGGUUCAACGUCGUACUAUUCUGCAGCACUCGGAAAGGCUGCCAAAAUCGACUAUCUGGCCAAAAUCGAUGUGAAGACUUUAAUUGCGCGGGGCACUGCGCGGCCGCCACAGCAGAUCAAGGGAUGCGUGGACAUGCGAAGCAUCGACGAGAUUGUGCAAAGCAGCGAUCCAGAUGACCCGAUCAAGAUGUUCAAGAUGCCAGACGGCUGGUACACCCAGGAGCCCCGGUUUGUGGCACGGUCUAAUGCGGCUAGCGAGGACGAUGGGUGGCUCCUCACUUACGUGUUUGACGAGUCGCAACUGGGCGAGGAUGGCGAAUGUGGAGGGGAUGCAGCCAGCGAACUCUGGAUCAUUGAUGCGAAGAAUAUGAAAGACGUUGUAGCAAAGGUGAGGCUGCCGCAGAGGGUGCCUUACGGGUUGCACGGAGCAUGGUUCUCGGAGAAUGAGAUUCGAGCGCAGAAGCCAUUUGUCUCUGUCCGCCGAGAGACAUUGAAGGCGGAAACAGACAGCACCUGGCCAUUAGCGAUCGUUCGUGAUACCCUGGAGAGUUGGAUUGGAUGA